CUGUGCUUCCCCGUCAGCUGUGGUGGAUUCGAUGUCACGCCUAGGCCACCACCGUAGGUUGGUCCUGUCUGGGUGCAUGUUCCAUACAUGACUCCUAACGCGCCGUCAAGUUAGCCUCUCACCGCGAUGGACGCCAUUGGUCCAUCAGGGAAUGCUUUUGAGUCGACUCUAAUGCGCGCAGAAGCUUAGAUUCAGCGUAGGAUCAAGCAAGCGUGACGCCGAGCGCGAAUCUUCAUGAUGCCUUCCUCCGCCCCUGAAUCCACCGACUUCAGCGCUGCGGAAAGCGGAUCUAAUGACGCGACGCCUAUCCUGAGUGACUACAUCGCAGGUGCUCUCUCGGAUCCACGUGUCUGGUCGGUAGCCGCUGCGUCUGCCUCGUUAGUAGCGCCGAUCGCGCUGGGUCUCCGUCUCCUAUUAAAGCCGUCCGGCGGCGCGCGGGAGAUCACGAUCCCGGUGAUCUCGCCCGCUGUGCACCAGCAGUUGCUGACGUGGCAGCAGCAGCAGCGACUGCGGACGUGGCAAACGCGAAGAAAUGCCUACGCAAUCGCCCUGCAGAAGCAGGAAGAAGAGCAGGCAAGGUACGAUCAGCAGCAGCAGCAGCAGCAGCAGCAGCAUGAGAGAGCAGGGGAGAGCGCAGGGGAGGGAGUGCGAGGUGGUGCAGAGGGGGGAUCAGAGGCCGGCCGAGAACAAGGGGGUGGAGAGGGCGGAGAGGGCGGAGAGGGCGGAGAGGGCGGAGAGGGCGGAGAGGGCGGAGAGGGCGGAGAGGGCGGAGAGGGCGGAGAGGGCGGAGAGGGCGGAGAGGGCGGAGAGGGCGGAGAGGGCGGAGAGGGCGGAGAGGGCGGAGAGGGCGGAGAGGGAGACGAUGGAGGGGCGAUAGUAGAGGCGAAUGAGGGAGGUGCAGGAGGAGCGGGAGCAGAGGGAGCACAGGGCGCAGAGGGAGCAGCGGCAGGAGACACAGGAGAGGGGGCCGAGGCAGCCAUAGACGCGGCAGUGGCAGCGCUGAACCAGGCCGGGCAGCGCCUGCUGCUCAUGAUGCGGUCGGCGGACAAGCACCUCUCCUUCUGGCGCCGCCUGGCCCUCGCCCCGCCCUCGCAGCAGCUGUGGAUCGUGCUGCUCCGCCGAGGGCCGCUCGCGUUCCUCCACACGUCGCUUUCCCUCUCCCUCUCGCUCGCUCUCUCCGCCCUGCAUCGCUACCUCCUCCCCCUUCUCUCCUCCCCCGCUCUUCCUUCCUCCUCCUCCCGUCCCCCCUCCUCCCCCUCCGUUUCUCCCCCCUCCUCUCCCUCCCCAAACCCCCUCCCGCCCAGCUUUCCCCACUCUUCCUCAUUUUCAACGAAUCGCAUCCUGACACGUGUCAAGCAGUCCCUCUCUCCUCUCCUCACUCGCCUCGCCGCUCUCUUAGCGCCCCUCUAUCACUUCCUCUCAACCCUCUGGCUCUCUCUUCAAACCGUCCCCCUCCUGCCCCUCUCCGUCCUCCCUUACCUUUCUAAACCGUUACAAAAUGUCCUCUCAAACCUGAUUACAAUCAACCCCAAGACACUAAACCUUGACUCUAAAACCCUCAACCUUCAGCCGUUUUUCUUUGUGCAUCUGCACCGCCUACGCUCCCUCCUGCCGAGCCUCCUGCCGAGCCUUGCAUCCGCCGAGGGCGUGCUGUUAGGCCUGGCAGCGCCGAGCCUGCAGGGCUUGGUUCGGGAGAUGGUGGCAGAGAAAGUGGCGGUGCUGGGGGAGGUGCAACUGGCGCUGAGUGCUGCUGCUGGCCAGAUGUACCUCGCAUCUGCUCCCAUCCCUCCUCCAUCCUCCUUCCCCCCUGCCACCGUCGCAAUUACCAUUACCACCGCUACCACCACUACCAGCACCACCACCAGCAGCGCUGGCAGCCGUUCCGCCCCUCCCGCUGCACUGGCCCCCCUCCCUGCCGCCGCAUCUCCCCCCCAUUCCCUCGCUCUGCUGUCUUCUAUCCUAGACUCCUGCCACGUGGCAAUCACUCAGGCCACAGGGAUUGACGGCGAAAAAUACUUUACAGGAUCAGUGGGGCGUGAGGGGACUGUGGAGGGUGGUGCUUGUAGUGAAGCCAGCAAUAACGAGGCAGAAGAGGAGCUGAUUGGUGAUGGGGUAGGGGCAGGUGGUAACGGGUCGGCCUCAGCAAGAAGGGCUGUGCCUGCUGCAUUUGUAACGCCUGCUGCAGCUGUAACGCCAACUCCUGUAACGGCAGAAUCUGUGUUGGGCCAGGCGAAGCAGCUCAAGUCGGAUGUCAAGGCUCUGGAGAAACUGGUCUCUGCUGCGGUGUCGCGCUGCCACAGGCCAAGGCAUGCGGCACGGCAUUGGCUGGAGUACCUGGCAGUAGGGGUGUGCGGAGCAGUGGCGUGUCGGUGGCUGGUGGCACACAGCCAGCUGAGCGGCAGUGACGAUCUGGAGAGGUGGGGUGCAGAUGGGUGGAGAGCAGCGAGAGGGUUUUUCAUCGACCACAUAUGGCAACCUCUGUCUUUGAUCAGCGCGGAUCUCUUCCACACGUUCAGCGACCAGCAAAGAGGCAACGUGUCGAUGCUCGACGUGCAGGCGUCUACAGACUCAUUGAGACGAAUGCUGCUGACUUUUGUUGACAAGACCCAGCCACUCACAAUUGAAGGCAGCAGCAGCAGCACCACCACCGGAAGCAGCGACAGCAGUGCUACAUGUGCAGCAGACGCAUCUGUGCCUGCAGUCCCCUCGGAGUCUGAUCUGAUGGCCGUGGUGAUGCGCGAGUAUGAGAGCAACAUGGCCAACCCGCUCACUCACCUCCUCACAGGGCGGUUGGCUGAGGCGCUGCUGAUUCAGGUCCAAAGGAUGAAGCUGCACAUCGAAACUGCCAUGCUAGAGCUUGAGCAGAUCCUGAGGGCGAAUCAGAUCAACUUCGCUCUGCUCACCGCCCUUCCCGCCCUGCUGCUGCUCUCCGCUCUCUUCACCCUCUCCAGGGAAUUCUCCGUCUCAAAGGCACGAGGAGCAGAGGGAAAAGGCCGGGUGGCGCAGACAAGACGAAGGAUGCUACUCGCUGAUGUGGAGCGACAUGUGUUGCUGCGUAACCACCUGAAGGCGCUACCAGCUCGCUCAUUGAAAUCCAAAGAUGAUGUGGCAUCAUCGGAUGACGUGGCAACGUUGGAUGACGUGGCUGCAUGGCAUGGCAUGUUGGUGUAUCUGCUGCAUCGGCUGUUUGUGGCCGUGCAACGACAAGCCAGCAAGGGCGGCGAGUGGAUGCGCCUGCAGCAGGACAUACUCGAGAUAGCAAGCCCCCAUAUGGACAUGCAGGGCCGGCAGUUGCUAGCAGCACGCAUGGCUGGCAUGUACGAGUGCCUCAUGCCAUUGCCCAAGUGAGGCGGUGCCAUGAGUUCUCUUGUUCGAAAGCAACGCCCCUGAUACCAUGUUUCUGUGUUUGCAGUGUGAAUGAGCACCAUGGAUGCCGAGAGAAUCCUGCCUCGGUAUCCUUAAGAGUUGUUGCCACGCUGAAAUAAUCCGUCCAGUGGAUUUUUUCACACAAACUCCCAGUACCAACAAACUUGCGGUACCAUC